GAUUUAAAAUAACGUGUCAAAGCAGGAGUAACGUAAUCAACAAGAGCACCAAGAUUGGAAUACCUAAUCUGAAUUUAAAUGUUAGCUGAACAUCUGAAGAACUGAAGGUGUCGAGUUGUUAACGCUUAACCUACGAUAGUGUGAAAUUCAGACUUGCCAAAGAUGUUGAUCAUCGAUCAAACUUUUCAGAAUUCUGCAAUGGGCGGUGAUCAGACCUGUUACUCUGAAUGUAGGAAGUUGGUAGAAAACUUAGUGAAUGACAUUAGCAGUGGAUUGGAUGGAAUCGAAACUGAAGUAUUGCCAAAGAUAUCGCUGUUGAAGAAAAGCAUUGGUGUGUUGAUAGACCAGUCAGUAUCUGUUAGCCGGGCUCAUAUUUACAAAGAUUUUCUCAGUGAGUUUGCUGAUGUUGAUAUCAAAACACGCGUCCAAACCAAAAUCUUCAAUGCCCUCGAGGAAGAAAUUUCUAAAUUGAAGCUUUUAGUGAAUGAUCAGGAUAUGAAACUAAUGAAGUGCAGGUCAGCAAUGGUCCCACUGGAAACAUUCACCUUAAGUCUAAAAGAAUCUCAUGUAAAUUUGCUCAACGCCGUGGAGAUGACAAAAGACUGUUCACAGAUUUUUACCUACUUAUGUAUAAAGCUGCAAAUUGCAACCGCGUGCAUUAAAUAUGAAGAUAUUUCCUCUUUAAAUAAGUUGACCAAUUUUCCAAAUGACAUUAGAAAUGCGAAAAAAACUAUUCUUGAAAAGAAGAAAGCCAUUGCAGAUCUCUUGCUGCUUCCUAUGAAUGAGGAAGAAAUAAAAUUAGUCACUGUUGGAAACUGAAAUGUAGCACACCUAACGGCACAACAGAGUGAAUGAACACUUUAAUUCAAAGUACUUUUUCAAGUAUCUUUCUUUCUCUUUAUUGUUGUUAGAAGAGAUGGAGGAAUCCAAAACAUAAGGGCGGAGGUGGCCUCUGUUUUGGCUAGUAUGAAACCUUGCUACUAACUUAUGCAGUUGAUUUAUGCUGUCAGUUUCUCCAUGGUGAACAUAGGUACACAAAAAUCUUUUGAUCUCUUAUCGUCAUGGAUGAAUUCUGGACUUGGAAUUUGUCAACUCUCAAUGAACAUUCACACUUUGUAACAAUUUCGGGUUUCAAAAUUGAAACUUACACUCAUUUAGUGAAGGAAAAGGAACUGAAUUGUUUUUCAAUCGCUAUUGGUUUCAAUUUACGGUGGGGUCCACCAGCACCUGUAGUCACUAUUGCCUUAAAUGAGGUGAUAUAUCUCUAAGUAAAAUUAGAACCAUUGGACGCUGCUUUGCCUCAAAUUGCAUGUGCCGUCCUCUACAAAUGAGACUGGAACCUCUAAGGCUCCUUGACUGAUACAUUUUUUGAGUUCAAUUGAAAAAGAGAUCGAUUUUUUUCAUAUUUGGUUUUUUAUUUUAGCUCAGUUUUGCUGGGCUUGUCUUUUUUCUACCACCUAUUUUUUCUUAUUUUUUGUUCUAUUCUGCACAUAAAACUAUCGCAAAAUGGGAUCUAAAAGAUUCUUUCUGUAGACCCUAUAUCUUUGUGCGAUAUUGAUGAGUGUAAUGAGACACCAGGUAGGAUACACCUUUGAACUCCCUCAGUACAUUCAUCCUUAUCUGAUUACUUGGUGAGUAGCCAUUUGAUUAUUUUUACUCUUCAUUUUUUUUAAAUUGUUUUCAAAGUUGUAUUUAAAUGAGAUUUAUUACAUUCAAUUAAAUGUAAGAAAGUAAGAGAGAAUUUUGUUUACUUUGCAAUAAUUUUUAUUUAUUGUCCUCAUACAUUUUAAUUUAAAUACGUAGAACCCAUAAUAUUAUGUAUUGCAUCCUGGCUCUACUUGUGGCCAAUUAUUACCUGUGAUACUUUGAAGAAAGUUAUUUUUGAAAAAUAUGAAACGAAUUAAUAAAUAAUGCUCUUUAACUUAA